AUGUCCCCGUCAAGAUGGAAUAUUAUGCUGUUUUUCUUCCAAGUUUUUGCCAGGUACCGGACGCUUGCCCUCCAGGAUGUCACGGCUGUCUUGUUCGGGUCCGAAAACAGCGGCACAGUGGCAGCAUUCGGCGACUUUAACGCCGACAAGCAGACAGACAUCUUCAUCAUUAGGGACCAGUCCGAGCUGGUAGUCUUCUUGGCUGACUCCAAACCACCUUACUUCAAACCCAAGGUGCACAUCUCAAAAGGAAUAUUGCCCAGUGAAGCCAUCCUCACCAGCGUGGUGCCGGGCGACUAUGAUGGAGAUUCCCAAAUGGACGUUCUCCUCACAGCUCAGAUUAAUCCAAUGGCUUCGUCUGUCUUCAUCUUUUGGGGGGACAACAAUACGUUGGAUACGACUGGUUGGCUCAAACUGAACAGGACCUUCAGGGAUCAACCUCUAGUCAUGGACUUCAAUGGUGACAUGAUUCCAGAUAUAUUUGGAGUCACGGACCAAUCGACAACUGAAUUUUGCUCUCUCACUGAAAGGGAUCCUGUGUGUCAGAGUGCUCUAAGUUCACCCAUCAACAUGCGUAUACCUCAUGCAAAUGCCUUUAUCGACCUCAACAAGGACUUAACCGCCGAUUUGUUCCUGACAACUGAAGGACCGAAGUUUGAGACGUGGAUCAGCAAGGGUGGAAACUUCAGCCGGGAAACCGUUUUACCUGAAGCCCCACCCCACUCCAACGUCGGGCAGUCGUCUUUUGCUGAUUUUGAUGGCGAUGGAUACCAAGACCACCUCCUGCCCCUGUGCUUGGAUGAAGCCUGCCAACGCAGUGCCAUUUAUCUGGCCAAGUCGGGCUCUCAAGAGUGGGUCCCAGUGCUGCUCGACUUCCAACAUAGCGGGACGGUGUGGAGCUUCGUGCCAGGGAAACCCAGCCAGCCUCUGUCAUUGCACAUAGGGGACUAUAAUCUGGACGGCUUCCCCGAUGCUCUGGUGGUCCUCCGUAACACCAGUGGCGGAUCAAGUGCUCAGCAGGCCUUCCUGUUGGAGAACGUUCCUUGCUCCAACCUGUCCUGCCAGAGCGUCGGCCGAAUGUUCCGCAUCCACUGGGAACAGUCGGACCUGGGCGCCAUUCCCAACGCCACCAUAGCCACCUUCUUCGACAUCUACGAAGAUGGCAUACUGGACAUGCUGGUGGUGAACCAAGUGGAGGGAAAGCGGGAUUUGGUCAUUCACGCCUUGAAGAACAACUUUGAAGCCGAUGCCUACUUUGUGAAAGUCAUGGUGCUCAGCGGGCUCUGUGCCAACUCCUGUCCAGGAAACAUCAAGCCAUUAGGAGUUAACCAGCCAGGCCCAUAUGUUAUGUACACCACAGUGGACUCCAACGGCAAACUGAAGAACGCUUCAGCGGGCCAGUUGAGUCAGUCAGCGCACUUCUCCUUGCAGCUGCCCUACACUGUGUUAGGCUUGGGACGCAGUGCCAACUUCCUCGACCACUUGGUGGUCGGUAUUCCACGCCGGUCCAGAGAAGAGGAGUCUGCGAGGCAGGAGUGGACGGCCAUCAUCCCCAACUCUCAGCUCAUUGUCAUCCCCUACCCGCACAAUCAGCCAAGCAGCUGGAGCGCCAAACUGUACCUGACACCCAGUAACAGUGUGCUGCUGACCGCCAUUGCCCUUAUUGGCGUUUGUGUCUUCAUCCUCAUCAUCAUCGGCAUCCUUCACUGGCAGGAGAAGAAAGCAGACGACCGUGAGAAGAGGCAAGAAGCCCACCGCUUCCAUUUUGACGCCAUGUGA